UAUUUGCUGCCUAUUGAUACUUGCUCAAAAAAGACAUUCACUUUGGACUCUCUUAGGUUUAGCUUCUUCAUUCUAUUUUAUUCCAAUGUCAUUCCUAGAUAUAGAUGUGGAGGCACAAAAGCAGCCUAUAUUUCAAACAAACAAUGAUGAAGGAUCAAAAACAACACUUAUAAUAAGCAAGGCUUCGAAUUUGCUAACAGAUUUUGCUAAUGGUGUGAAUAACCUUGAAAGACUUAUCAACCAGCUAGGUACAAAAAGGGAUAGUGUUCAACUUCGACAAACAAUUGAGUCUGCUAGAAUAGUGGAGUUGAAUGAAUAUAGACAACAAUUAGAGCAUUUGACGAACGAUAUCUCACACUUAGUUGCAAAUAAUCAAGAUAUAAGGAUUGAAGAUAAAUUCAGUGAGGAGAAAUUGAGGAAAGAAUUUGACAGCAUUAACAACAACUUUGGUUUGUUGAAAAGACAAUACAAUGAGCGCAAAAAUUCCGUGAUACUAAAUGAUAUUAUCUCAAAUCAACAAGCAAUUAAUGAUGAAGCUGUAGGAUCUUCUUCCAAAGCUAAUGAAACUACACCUUUGAUACAACAACAGCAGCUGCAACAAAAUCAGUAUUCAAUCACACAGCAAGAACUUGACCUGCAUUCUGUUCUGGCUGAAGAACGUGCAAAUGAAAUCAAAAAGAUUCAUGGGGGUGUUGAAGAGAUUAAUUCAAUCUACAAGCAGUUAGGCUAUUUGGUCCAACAACAAGGCUCACAAGUUGAUACAGUGGAAAGCAAUAUGUCAAAUUUUGCAAACCAUACUCAAAAUGCUGCUCAAGAACUUGUUAAAGCUGAUAAUUACCAAAAGAAAAGAAAGAAAUGGAGCUGUAUAAUAUUGGUGGUUUUGGUAAUUAUAGUGUUGAUAGCUGUUCUGGCAAUAUUCGCAUAG